AUGCAACUUUAUUACUAUGCUUUAUGGAUGCUAACUUUCAGCGUUGUUUUGAUCAAUUCGCGAUUUAUAUCUCGACCUAUCGACAAUGAACAAAACGAAGAUAUAUAUGAUCCAAAUGGUUUCUAUUUUGAUUAUAUUUAUCGACCUAAUAGUCUUGCACCAUAUUUAAAUAAUCUUGCUUUAGCAAUGCAUGAUGGUAAAUUAAAUGAUGGUGGAAUAGUAUUCGAGCGGUCAACAAAGUCAAUUAGAAAAGGCGAUCCACGCGAAUUUAUGGGAUAA